AUGGUAGAAGGUGGAACAAGUCCGCUAAAAGACUCGGUUCUAGAUCACUACCAUGCACAAAAUUUACAAACAGUUUCAACUACUGAUGUGAAAAAUGUCAAUGAUACUGUUGAUGGAGAAGAAGAAUCCAGUAAUGGUGACGACGAUGAUGAUGGUCGUGAUAGCAGUAGCAUAAUUAGUGAUUUUUUUGAUGAUGAACACUGUCCGCAGCAUCGUUGGUUAAUCUUAAUGGAACCUAUUAAUACAAUCUCAGUGGACUGUACACUUGGUCCUAAGGGUCGAAUAUUUCGAGUGGACGAUAGCAUGGCACCAAUUUUAGGAUAUGCUUCAAUGCGUGAACUUCUUGGAAUAGAAAUAACUAAUAUAAUUCCAGCGAUUAAAUUAGAUUCAGAAGAACUACAAUAUGUCUGUGCUCGAGGCUUGCGUAAUAAUUCUAUUCCAAUCACUGUAAGAGUUGCUGCUGAAAAAGAUCCACGUACUCUUGAUGUCCUCAUGUAUAAUCUACAAAUUCGUGCACUAUUAACACUAAAUGGUGUAUUGACGUUAACUGAUUCCGGCAUGUUGCAUAGUUUCAAUGGUAAUUUUAUUGAGGCUCUAGUCGGGAAGCAAAUUAAGGAACAAGCGGAAAAUAAGUUUAUUUUCAUUACUGAUCUUAUUCCUGAUUUCUAUUCAUAUAUUAUUCAAUCUGUUGGUACUAUCUUUGCACCAAAUGAUAAUAACAUGGAUUCUGCUAACGCUAAUGGAUAUGCAAAGCAGAAUGAUGUACCAAAAACGGUUAUGGAUAAUUUAAAUUUUGAUUUUGAUGACUUAUUGAUCAAUAAUAUAAAUAAUAUUAAUAAAACAUCUGAUUUUCUGAAUGAAGUCUGUUCCACUCAACCUUCAACGAGUCAUUUUGAACAAAAAUGUAAGCGGAAUCUUGGAAGUGAGGGAUAUGAGAACGGUAAACAAGUUGGCGAAAAAUCCUAUCGUGUAAUAUGCGAAGGAAAUUUCUUUGGACUUGCUAGGCAUUCUGAUAGCAAUUUGAUCGCUGUCCGCUUUGAUGUACGUCGACUAAAAUCGUCUUAUCCUGCAAACUGGGCAGUUUGUAUUGGCUUUGAUGGUAAUAGUGAUUACGGGCUGUUUUCAAAAGCUGAAAGGAAAUUCUCUGAUGGAAAUCAAAAAACCAAUGGGAAUAAAAUUGGUUCUUCUAUUAGUUCAAAAUCUGGAAAGGAGCGUAAUAGAUCGGCAUCGGUAGAAGUAACUUCACAAAAUUCCGAUAAACAAAAUUCUGAUGCAGUUUUUGGCGAAUAUUCUAAUCAGUAUGAAACUUUCCAUUUGAUUGGAAAUGGUACUUUUGGUUCAGUUAAAUUGGCAGCUCGCAAAGAUUCAGGUUUAUUGGCUGUUACUAAAUUUAUUUGCAAAACGAAAGUUCUUCCUGAAAGUUGGGUUAAGAGUUCGAAACGUGGCAAUAAAAUGGUUCCAAUCGAACUGCAUCUGCUGGAAACGUUAUCACAUCCAAAUAUUGUUCAAGUGUUAGAUGUUUUCGAGAAUGAUAUAUUUUAUCAGCUAGUUAUGGAAAAGCUCGGAUGUGGCAUGGAUCUUUUCGAAUUCAUUGAGCAUCAACCAAAAUUAGAUGAAGCUUUAAUCAGUCACAUUUUUAGACAGGUAAUUAGCGCGGUCGCUUAUUUGCAUUCCAAUAAUGUUGUUCAUCGUGAUGUUAAAGAUGAAAAUGUGAUCAUUGACAGAACUUUUUCUUGUAAAUUGAUUGAUUUUGGUUCCGCAGCUUACUUUGGUGAAAAUAUUGUAUUUUCUACUUUCUGUGGUACAAUGGAAUAUUGUAGUCCCGAGGUAUUAAGUGGAAGAAGAUAUUAUGGGCCAGAACUAGAGAUGUGGUCAUUGGGAGUACUUUUGUAUACGCUAGUUUUUUUUGAAAAUCCAUUCAGAAAUCCUCAAGAAAUUGUUCAUGGCACUGUGGAAUUUCCUUGGGAUGUCUCUGAAGGCCUUUAUCAGGUCAUUUCUUGGUUACUGCAGCGGGACCCAUCUUUACGUGCUACAAUAAAAGAUAUUAAAAAUCAUUGGUGGACUAAUCAGUUUGUUGAUAUCAAUUCAUAUAGCUUUCAACAACUGUUGAAAUCUUGCGAACGAGCUCAGAUCGAACCCCUGGUGUUUGCUGCAGAUUUAAAGAAGCAUUUGCAAAUAGCUCCAAAUGUUGUCGGUAUCGACGCGCCUAAAACUUUUCAAGAAUCCAAUAGUAUAAGAGCAAACUAA